UCUAUAAAUUCAUAUAAUUUACAGGUGUUGGUGGUCCAUGAGCCAUUGCGGUUUAUAGUCAUGUGUUAUUUGAGCAGACCUGGCAACGCCUGUGACGACACAGCAACGUAACCUAAACUUAAAAAUCAUGGCGGACGACGUGGAGCAGCAACCGAGCACCAACACGGUAGAGGAGCCACUCGAUCUGAUCAGACUCAGUCUAGACGAGAGGAUCUACGUCAAGAUGAGGAAUGACCGUGAACUGCGUGGACGACUGCAUGCAUACGAUCAGCACCUGAACAUGAUCCUUGGUGACGUGGAGGAGACCGUGACCACGGUGGAGAUCGAUGAGGAGACUUAUGAAGAACUCUAUAAGUCCACCAAGAGGAACAUCCCCAUGCUCUUCGUCAGAGGGGAUGGCGUCGUCCUUGUAGCUCCGCCUCUCAGGGUGGGCUGACUGUACCACCUUUCAGUUAAAAAAAAAUAAAAAAAGAAGUUGUCCUUAUUUUUUUUUGUUGUUAAAAUUGGACUGUGUUUGUUGAAAAUGUGGGUGAUUUUUUUUUUUUUUUUUUUUUUUUUUUUUUUACACAUACUAAUUUUGUAAGUGAUAUGUAAUGUUUUUCUUGUCACCUUGAAAAAAAAAAACUGUCCCUACUUUGAGUUAGUUGUUAAUAUGCCGGGAUCAAAUAA